AUGGAAGAAGUACCUGAAGGCGGGGACAAGAUGACCAGCCAGCAGGCUCUGUGUGAUCCAGACAGGAAGGCAGGAAAACAGCCUAACAUCUCCACUCUCAAAGUACUACACUUUUUUUUUUACCAUUUACUGUCUCCACAAUAAAUUCAUCCCUCAUUCUUCAGCGUGAAAUGUAAAAGGGUGAUUUUGCAGUUGACGGCGUUGCCUCAGACUCUAUAUGCAGCGUGAUGAAAAAGCACUCAAAAUGUCGAAUGUGAGCCCGUUUUUGGACAACUUCAGAGAUAUGCAUCCCCCCUAAAAGUGGUUAAAAUGGAGCUUAGAGCUGAUAACGUGCUCUGAAAAGUCUUCAGUGGACAUAAUUUGACGCUGCAGCCUCAGUUUUGCCUGAUUGCGGCGCCAUACUCGACGUGUAAAGUUGAUGGGGCAUUUCUUGAAAAACGCAUCCAUGUUAUCAGCUUUAUUCAAGACUUUUUACCUCCAGAUCAGUCAGUCAGAUGUUAAAAUAUUAACUUUCCUCUCUUACAAAUCAGACAAGGUAGUAAAUUACAGUAAAUUACACUUACUGCAUUUUAUCAUCUGUUUAUACACCAUUAAUGCUCUCUAAUAAAGACUCCACAUUAAGUCCAGUUUGAACAAGGUUGAGAUAAGAAGUUAAGCCUCGGUAGCUCUACAGCAGAAUAGAUAAACAACAUGGAAAGAAAUGGCCGUAAUCCUCAAUGGGGAUAUGUUAAGUAAUAAAGGACUCCAGGGUGCCCACACACAGAGUUAAUCCAAAGACUGUGGAGGCUGCAAAAGCGGAGGUGGAAACAGUGAAACUAGCAUAAAGUAUGUGUGCUUUUUUUUAAAAACAUUAAUCCUACGACCCUUUCAUGUUGUCUGGAGCAGAUCUUCAGAUUAUGUAGUGGUGUUGAAGACUAACAUAUGUCCCCUUCUGUUUCCAGUUGUUCAUUGUGGCACUAUCCUUCGCCUGUUUCUCCAAAGCUCUAACGGGAACCUACAUGAAAAGCUCCAUCACUCAGAUCGAAAGACGUUUUGACCUCUCCAGCACGCACAUUGGACUCAUAGAUGGCAGUUUUGAGAUGGGUAUGAUAUAUAUCAGUAUAUCAAGUGAUGCUCUACAUCUGUAAAACUCUCAUGACGUCUCUUUUCUGUCUUUCAGGCAACUUGUUGUUUCUUGCAGUGGUCAGCCAUUUUGGGGCGAAGUUACAUCGGCCUCGGCUCAUCGCUGUGGGCUGUUUCCUGAUGGCUGUGGGCGCUUUUCUCACAGGCCUGACACACUUCUUCAUGGGACGGUAAAUUUAACUUUCAGAGACUACAUAUAUGGAACAAAAUCUUCAAACCAUCCUAGUUUUGUCUUACUGUGGCAUGCUGACUUCCUCAGAUACAAGUACGACACAGUCAUCCAGGUUUUCCACAAUGACAGCAUCAAAAUUACUGCGUGUGCAGAUCCUCUGGAGAAAGAAGAGGAUAUUACGCAGAUUGAUCCAGCUGUAGAGGACAAUAAAGGUAAGACAGUGAGAUCAUACCUGGGUCUUUAACUAAAGUAUCAAUCAGUCUAUCAGUCUUGAUUUAUAUGACGCUAACCCUAACAAGAAGUGUUACCCCAAGAGAAGUUACAGUGGGAAAGAAGAACUUCAUUAUAACAGGCAGAAACCUCAAGCAGAACCAGACUCAUGGAAGACAGUGAGAUCAUACCUGGGCCUUGAACUAAUAUGUCAAUCAGUCUAUCAGCCUUGAUUUAUACGACACUAACCCUAACAAGAAGUGUUAUCCCAAGACUUCAUUUGAACAGGCAGAAACCUCAAGCAGAACCAGACUCAUGUAAGACAAUUAGUUCAUACCGGGCUCUUGAACUAAAGUAUCAAUCAGUCUAUCAGCCUGGAUUUAUACAGCGGCAAUUAACAAGAGGUGUUAUCCCAGGACUUCAUUUUAACAGGCAGAAACCUUGAGCAGAACCAGACUGAUGUAAGACAGUGCGAUCAUACCCGGGUAUUUAAUUGAAGUAUCAAUCAGUCUAUCAGUCUUGAUUUAUACAGCACUGAUUACCAAGGAGUGUUAUCCCAAGACUUCAUUUUAACAGGCAGAAACCUUGAGCAGAACCAGACUGAUGUAAGACAGUCAUCUGCCUCUACUGCGUUAGGCUUAAAGAGGGAAUUCAGAAAGAGAGAGAUGUACAGAGGGGAGACUGAUUGAAGCAGCAGAAAAUAGACACGUCCAAAACGUCUGCAGCAGCGAUCUAGAGGAAGCUACGGCAUGAUGGAGCUCAGGGACUCCCAGAAAAUACUGAAUAUUAGUGACUCUAAUGAGACAUGAUGAUUUAAAGUCAAAUAUCAGUAAUAUAGUCUUGAUCAUCAAAAUUUGUCCAAUUUCCACUCUAGAACCGUUUGUUUUUUGAGCAUGUGGAACAUCUAACAUGUAAAUUUGCCUUCAAAAAACCAAACUCCGGUCGUUAGCUCUGACUAUAAGCCUGUAAAUACAUCCGUUUAUAUGCGCCCCUUUUGUAACCCCUAAAACAGUUCCAGAAAUAGUUAAAAUAACACAACACUUCACAUAAAACUGGAUUCAACCAUAAAGAAAAAAACAACAACUUUACACUAAGCCUACGACUGGUGAACAUGGGAGAAAAAGUAAUCCGUGUCAUAGUAAAUCCUGAUCAACGCCAUUAACGGCUUCUUUCAAAUAUGCCAGGAAUGCACUGAUUACAGUCUGACCUUCAGAUCCCCCCCUCCCUUCCCCCACGCUGUGAACAUACAGCUCAACAACAGAGCGGCUGAGAUAUUCUGUAGGGGACUGCAGGGUAACUCGCCAUGCGUACCCUAGAAGAACUGAAAAAAAGCGUGUUCAGAGAAGAAAUAGAAACUAAAAUUGAACAAAAUCGCCUAAAAAGCAGAUGUCUUCUAUUUAAAGUCAAAGAUUUAAUAGGAUGUGGAGCUUCAGUGUUCAGUCUGGGAUUCAAUCAGUCCUGGCUCCCUGAUAUGGGCUCCAGCUGAAAUGCUGUUCCAGUCUUUUCUAUUAUAAAACCAUAAUUAAUUCUACUUUUCACAAAAACAUGUCGUCCGCUCACAGAAUGGGACGUAUUGAUCCUGUUCAGCGGCAAACUUAAAAAGAGACACAAUAUAAAAAUCACAUACAAUGCAGUGGUAUGCAGGCUGAAAUCAGCCUCCUAUUAAAUAAGGGAUGAAUGAACUCAUUGUGUAUCGAGGUGGUUUCGAAUAAUCAGGGACGGAGGCUUUAUUUUCUCUUUUUCAGUCGAGUGAAUAAGAGGCAGAGCCAAAAAAUACUCUGAAGAUCCUUUAUUUAACUUGUCCUAAACAUGCUAUUUUAGUUGAUAUAUACCGACCAGUCAUGACAUUAAACAUCUGGGCAAUUUACUCCAACGAAAUACAACAGCUCUACCUUUAAAUCUACUUUCAGGAAGCUUCAGUUUUUGUUGACAAGAUCAGAAAGGUUCUUUAUGUUUAUUAUUGAAGACAUAAUGGGUGUUUGUGAAGUACUGGUGCAUGUUAUAGUUGAAUGUGUUCCUUAUAUUUUGUCCUGUCCAUUCACAAACAAAGGGCAGGGCAAAAUAUUAGGAACACCUGCCAACCAACUCCCACUGAAUCUUCAACAACUCACGAGUUUUCAAUCAUACAUCCUUUUUUUCCAUGUGCCUCCUUAAGCCUGUGUGAGGGACUCCGGUUCCAACAUGUGGAUCUAUGUGUUCCUCGGGAACGCUUUGAGGGGGAUUGGAGAAACACCGGUCACACCACUCGGCAUCUCCUACAUCGAUGACUUUGCUAAAGCAGAAAACUCACCUUUUUACAUUGGUAAAAUGUAAUCACAUACUUCAGUUUUAAAGUUUGAUUUGUUGAUGUUCUGUACCUCUUAAUUCAGGGUGUAUUCUCCCUGAUAUCUUGUUUAACAGUUGAUUUUGACUGGAGGUGUAAUUUAAUUUUCUUUCUUUACUGUUUCAUGAUCUUCAGCUUGUCUCCAAACCAUCACUCUCCUGGGCCCCAUGUUUGGUUUCCUCCUGGGUUCUUACUGCGCCAAACUCUACGUGGAUAUCGGAUACAUCGACAUUGGUAUACUUUGCAAAACGGAGAACCACUAAUGUUGAGCUUUUGUUACGAAAUUCAAGGGUUCUGCUUCGGCGAAUCAAAUCUGAAAAAGCCUUUGUCAGAUAUUCUAUAUGCAGUUACAUCGACCUUAUCGGUAUACUUUUCAGGCUGUUGAGCUCCCCCUACUGGUCACUCUUCUGUCUUUCAGAAAGUGUGACCAUAACCCCCAAAGAUGCUCGCUGGGUGGGUGCCUGGUGGAUGGGUUUCUUGGUGUCUUCUGCCCUCCUGCUUAUCUCCAGCAUCCCCUUCUGGUUCCUUCCCCGGUCUCUAAAGAGAGAAGGAGAUGAGAUCGAGUGUAAGAGCGUAGACGUGACAGAGGACACCCUCAGCAACAAUCACCACCUCAAGCUGACGGACAUUGCGAAAGGUUGAGACAACCGUUUGUUUCUUUGCGUCACAGUUGAUAACACUUUGAUGCCUUUCCUAGUUUCUGGUCAUUGCUUGUUCUUGUUCUUGAUGUCCCCUCUACAGGUUUUAUCCCCUCGCUGAAGCGCCUCCUGGGAACUCCGGCCUACUUCUUGCUUAUUUGUGGGAGCGUCCUCAAGUUCAACUCUUUUAUCGGCCUGUUCACUUUCAAAGCCAAAUACAUGGAGCAGCAGUUCGGGCAGUCUGCAUCCAGAGCUAACUUCCUCAUAGGUAAAGGAUUUCUACAAACCGAUAUGGAGCCAAUUGGUUGUCAACUGUAUCCGUCUUGUAUUUCCACCCAAACAGCCAACUUAGAGUACCUAAAUUACCUCAGGGUUGAUGUGUUUUGCUCUAUAGGUGUGUUGAACCUACCAGCAGUGGCAGUAGGGAUCUUCCUCGGAGGUUUGCUGAUGAAGAGAUAUAAACUGAGUUUGGUCUCAGGGGCUCAGCUUUCCUUUGCCACGUCCUUCUUGGCGUACCUCCUCCUCCUGCUGCAAUUUGGGACCAAGUGUGAUAACAUUCCUGUGGCUGGGCUCACCAUCUCAUACAAUGGGUCAGUGCUGUGAUGCUAUAGUGGUUUAACCAACCAAGUUAAAGAGUCUUGGGAUAACAUGUAACACUCUUCUCUCCAGGACACCGAGUGUAUCACACAGCACGGACAUGCUUUACGCAGAGUGCAACAGUGACUGUUCAUGUUCUGCAGAGGAGUGGGACCCCGUGUGUUCAGACAGCGGCAUCACUUACAUCUCUCCAUGUAUGGCCGGCUGCAUAAGCUCCAGUGGAUACGGCAAGAACACAGUAGGGCUGCAGACUGUUAUCACACAACCGUAGACCGCUCACAGUAGGGCUGCAUGAUUUCAACCAAAAAUGUGAUCUAGAUUUUCUUUUUUUUAUUCAGUGACAACUUCACCAAAAUUCACUUAAAUAAAAAGUUUUUCUAUCAUCUCUCAAAACAAAACCUCUAAAAACGAUGUAGUGCAUAUGCCAAGCCAGUAAGUGGCGCUGUAAUGCUGCCAAAGAAAUGCACAAAAGACAGAAGAAGAGCACAGAGAAUGCACACAAAGCUUGUUUUGGCCGGAAACAACGAUAAAAAAGUGUGCCACAUAAUCGUUUUGAGAGAUGCAGAUAGGCAUCCACACGGAGAUGAAAUGGUUGUUGUUUACGGAUUUAUGCACUCUUUUUUCAAAAAGUACCAUUCACAGUCACCCGAAACACCAUUUGCGUCUUCAGACAGACUUUGCAGCGGGGAAUGGUUUACUCUUCAUCUGAAACUGCGAAGUCGUACCAAUUCCACACGGCUGACUUGCUCUUGCCCUAUUUAGCGACAAAAUUAUUGCCUUCUUUUGUAAACGCCAUGUUUGUUUACAUUAGUGUGUUAGGGAACUGGGGAGCCUAUGGUGGCCUGGAAGCGCGAGACAUUAUAGGGAGGAAAAUUGAUAUGAGGAUUUUAAUUUUUUUAACAUUGUUAAUCAGGUAAUCUACUUACGAUAUAAAAUCUAUUUAUCGUGCAGCCCUAGCUCACAGUAAACCAGCCAGUCAGAGUAAGAUAUUCAGGUUUAAUGAGGCUGCAUGAGUCCUCGGUGUUGAAGGUUUUAUAGCUCAGAAAAAUCCCAUUGACUGAUUGUUCCUAUGCCAAAGAAAUACUCCUCAGUCCCGACAUCCUGUUAUGUGUUCAAAUUAACCCUGAAUAUUUCAAAUUUCUUGAUAAAAACGACCUUUUUUAUCCAGUAUUUCAUCUUUGUAGCACUAUCAUUUCUCAUUCUCUACCAGGUCUUUCACAACUGCAGCUGUGUGUCCGCCUCCUACCCAGCAGGCAGCAGUACGUCUGUGAGGUUGGGUCAGUGUCCUCACGCCAAGGACUGCAGCCGCAGUUUCACCUCCUACAUGGGCGUAUCCGUCCUCAGCUCCUUUAUCAACUCUCUCGGAGCCACGCCUGGUUACAUGGUUAUCAUUAGGUUGGUGCACCUGAACCUCGCAAGCAGAAAAUCACAACUUUUGAUAGAUGUCUUUAAAAAUAGUGAAUGAGCCUUUUUGUUUUAUGAAUACAGAUGUAUCGCACCAGAGCUCAAAUCCCUUGCACUGGGUAUCCAGACCUUGUUAACUCGAACUCUUGGUAAGUCACUUAACUUUCAGGUGCUUCUCGACUCAUUUGGUCUUAUUUUGAUUUUAAACUUUGGAAGUGGAUUGAUAUUUGGGUGUUGCCUUGUGUGUAGGAGGACUCCCCGCACCGGUCUAUUUCGGGGCCCUGAUCGACUCCACCUGUCUGAAGUGGUCGAUCAAGAAGUGUGGGGGUAGAGGGGCGUGUCGCAUUUAUGACUCUGCUAUGUACAGGUGAGACAUGAAGGUGGAAAAAUCUCUGAUUUCCUGAGUGGUCCAGUCGUAUUUUCUCCUGCAUUUCACAUAACUGCCGCCUGACUCUACUUUCAGGAUGAUCUUCUUGGGUCUGAUCACUUGUCUCAGUGGUUCCUCCUAUUUCUUCAUAAUUGCCGUCAUCAUCCUUCUCAGAAGACAGUUUCGGAAACCAGGCCGAGGGGCCGAAGUGCAAGAAACAAAAGGGUCCAUGAAAAUCGAACUUAAGGCGCCAUCGAACCCUGAUGAGGGCAAGUCGAGUUUCUCUAAAUCGUCUAAAGUACGAUACGCACCCAAAGUUUCUGAAAAGAUCGCGGCAGCAGAGCCGGCGGAGAGGGAGGAGGUUCGCAAAACCGAGCAGCUCCCCAAAGACUGCAGGCUCAUUAAGGCGGAUCAGAAACUCCAACCCCUGACAAAGACGACAGUUGAGUUAGCCCCUCUCCCAAGUGAAAAAGUGAUGAUAGAGCUCGAUGGACUAAAAGAAGAGGAAGAGGAGGAGGAGAAAGAGGGAAAAGACAACUUUUGUGAGCAGAGACUGAACCAUCAGGAGGGUGCCGAGAACGGGACCGAGACAGAAACAGCACACGGCGCAAAGACCGAGAUCCCACAAAAUUGA